AUGGCUGCUACCAGCACCCCACCAGAAAAGGAACCGCACAUAUCCUCCCAACCCAUCACCUGGACGAACUGGUACAAGAAGAUAAACUGGCUCAACACAACCCUCGUCAUCCUAAUCCCAAGCUACGGUCUCUACCUCGCCCGCUCCACAACCCUCACCCUCCCAACAUUUCUAUGGAGUAUUGUCUACUACGCCACAACCGCCUUCGGCAUCACAGGCGGAUACCACAGACUAUGGAGCCACCGAUGCUAUUCCGCACGCCUUCCCCUACGCUUAUUCCUCGCCUUCACAGGAGCAGGAGCAAUUCAAGGCAGCAUACGGUGGUGGAGCGCUAAUCACCGUGCUCACCACCGGUGGACGGAUACGAUGAAAGAUCCCUACUCGGUUAUGCGCGGACUCUUAUUCUCGCACAUCGGAUGGAUGGUGUUGAACAACGAUCCGAAAGUUAAAGGACGGACGGAUAUUUCUGAUCUGGAUAGCGAUCCCAUUGUCGUAUUCCAACAUAAGCAUUACGGUAAGCUGCUUCUGUUUACAGCCUGGAUCUUUCCUGCCAUGGUUGCUGGCAUGGGCUGGGGCGACUGGUGGGGCGGGUUUGUGUACGCGGGGAAUGCGAUUGCUUGGUACCAAUACGACCCUACUAAAUGGCUUAUCUGGAUCAUGUCGAAGAUUCCGGUGUUUCCGCUCACGUACGACUUGAAGACUUUCCGCUCGAAUGAAAUUGAGAAAGGUAGACUCCAACAGCAACAAAAGGCUCUCGACAAGAAACGAUCGAUGCUCGAUUGGGGUGUGCCACUGGCUCAGUUGCCAGUCAUUAGUUGGGACGACUUUCAGACUCAGGCUUCAGCCAAGGGUGCUGCUUUGGUGGCUAUUGCUGGAGUGAUUCAUGACGUUUCGCCGUUUAUCGCUGACCACCCUGGCGGCAAGACUCUGAUUAAGAGUGCGGUCGGAAAGGACGCUACUGCGGUGUUCAACGGUGGUGUAUAUGAACAUUCGAACGCGGCACAUAAUUUGCUGUCGACAAUGCGUGUUGGCAUAUUGCGAGGCGGACAGGAAGUUGAAGUUUGGAAAACAGGUGGUGAGAAGGACACCAGAGACACCAAAGGUCUCGGCGUCGUCAGGGCUGGUGAUCAGAUCACGAGGGUAGCUGCGCCAGCUACGGCAGCCACAGCAGCUUGA